AUGUUCGAGGCCAGACUGGUGCAGGGUUCCAUCCUGAAGAAGGUGCUAGAGGCGCUGAAGGAUCUGAUCGAUGAGGCGUGUUGGGACAUCACAUCCAGCGGCAUCAGCCUGCAGAGCAUGGACUCGUCCCACGUCUCUCUGGUGCAGCUCACCCUCCGCUCCGAUGGCUUCGAUACAUACCGCUGUGACCGCAACCAGUCCAUCGGGGUCAAAAUGAGCAGUAUGUCCAAAAUCCUGAAGUGUGCUGCAAGUGACGAUAUCAUCACACUGAGAGCUGAGGACAAUGCAGACACAGUCACCAUGGUGUUCGAGUCACCCAAUCAAGAGAAGGUUUCUGACUACGAGAUGAAGCUGAUGGAUUUGGAUGUUGAGCAGUUAGGAAUUCCGGAACAAGAGUACAGCUGUGUCAUAAAGAUGCCGUCUGGAGAGUUUGCACGUAUCUGCCGAGAUCUUAGCCAGAUUGGUGAUGCCGUUGUGAUCUCUUGUGCAAAGGAUGGAGUGAAAUUCUCUGCAAGUGGGGAGCUGGGUACAGGAAAUGUCAAGUUAUCACAGACUUCAAAUGUUGAUAAAGAGGAGGAAGCUGUCACAAUAGAAAUGAAUGAGCCAGUCCAGCUAACGUUUGCUUUGCGAUACCUGAAUUUCUUCACCAAAGCAACACCCCUGUCUGCAUCAGUGACACUCAGCAUGUCAGCAGAUAUCCCCCUGGUGGUGGAAUACAGAAUUGCAGAUAUGGGUCAUGUGAAAUACUAUCUGGCUCCAAAGAUCGAGGAUGAAGAAGCUUCCUAA